UCCCGAAUUUGCCUACAAAUACUUUCCUGCAAGUCUACGUUGCUCCUGCGUAAAUCAUCAGAACUCUGGGUAGAAUAGGAAAAGAGCGAGAAAACAACUAAAGUAGAUUCAUUAAUUGUUUUGGAAUGUGCGUUAUAAGGAUACAACAAUGAGCUCCUGCACCCUAAACACUGAAGGUCUGUGAUCUGUGUGGAUUAGCAAUAUGGCGAAAAUUCCCCCUGACCUAUUACAGAGGGCAAGAGUCCUUCUCCGUGGCUGCAAAGGCCUUCGGCGGUCCUAUCUCGUUGCUCCCAUACUACUCCUUCUCUUGGUCGGUGCUGCCUUGACUGCCCUCCUCCCUUCCAUCGAGGACCGGGGCCAUGUCGGGGCCAUGGGAGCCCUUCGCCAUAGAGCCACCGCCGGCAGCAAUGCCAACGCCAUUCCUGGGCGCCACACGGAAGAGGAGGACGCCACCGCAUUUACCAUAGUCAUACAGACGUAUAACCGCACCGACGUCCUGCUGAAACUGCUCAACCAUUACCAGGCGGUGCCACACCUGCGGAGGGUCAUCAUUGUGUGGAACAACAUUGGGGAGCGGACCCCCCAAGAGCUCUGGGACACCCUGGGGCCCCAUCCCAUCCCCGUGGUGUUCAAAGAGCAGAGCGUCAACCGAAUGCGCAACCGCCUGCAGCCAUUUGCUGAGAUCGAUACCGAUGCUGUGUUGAUGCUGGAUGAUGACACGUUGGUCAGCGUUCCAGAUAUCAGUUUUGCCUUCUCUGUGUGGAAGCAAUUCCCAGAUCAGAUAGUUGGAUUUGUCCCCCGUAAACACGUUACCACGGUGACGGGGGUCUACAGCUACGGCAGCUUUGAACUCCAGGACCCAGAGAUGGGAGGAGGUGACAGGUACUCCAUGGUCCUGAUCGGCGCCGCCUUCUUCCACCACCGCUACCUGCAGCUCUUCCAGGAGCAGCCGCCCGAAGUGCACACCCUGGUGGAUGACACGCAGAACUGUGACGACAUCGCCGUGAACUUCGUCGUGGCAGCGGAGCUACGGCGAGGUUCUGGGACCAUAAAAAGUAGACCCUCUGGCAUCUUUGUGAAGCCCGUGGAUAUGCGCAAUCUAGAGAGGGACGCCAGCAGUGGGUACCUAGGCAUGUGGCACCGUCCCGAACACCUGCUCCAGCGCUCCUACUGCCUGAACCGGCUGGCACAGAUCUACGGCGCAAUGCCCCUGAGGUACUCUAACAUGAUGCUGUGCCAGUUUGGCUUCCCAAGCUAUGCCAACCACAAGGGCAGGGGCUGACUGGCACAGGGAGGCACGGACUGGCAUUGACAGGUGUCGAACACAGCAGGCAUUCAGGAGAGUGAAGGGAUUCCUUAUUAUGACCUCAUCGGGACUAGAUCUCUGAGACGGUGACCUCCAGGACCAAACACUGACAACACGGCAGAUGGUCCAACAAGCGGGGCCUUACUAAAGAUGGACUCUACGCCAAUCCUGUUCUUGACAAUCUGACAGACAAGAUAUCAGUAUUAAACCAGAGGACUUUUGCUGUUGCUAAAAUCAUAGGAUAUUACGUGGCUGUAGAUGGAUAGACUUUAGUUAAUGCAAUGGCUUGUACUGCCAGCUGAUGUCAUUGCAA